AUGCAAAACAUGGCGCGAAAACUAUUAUUACGCGAAUUAAAAAAUUUGAAAUGGCAAAGGAAACUGUCAUGUAGUGUUGUGCAUCGGGAUAAUUUUCUUGUUAAGUCGACCAUUCCUGAUAUUGUUGUGCCUCAAAUGAGAUUUUUGGAUCGGUUGUGGGUUGAUUCGGGCAGUUUUCAAAAUCAUAUUGCAUUAGAAUGCGCCGAAACCAAGAAGACUUACACCUACGCACAACUUCAGAAAUACAGUUCUGUGUUUGCGACAUCCCUCCUAAAGAAAUUAGGUCUGAAGCCAGGAGAUGUCUUAGCGGUCAUGAUACCUAAUUGCCCUGAGUUCCCUGUGGUUGCAUUUGGGAGUAUUCAAGCUGGUGUAGUGCUGACGACUGUCAACCCUAUUUAUAAAGAAUUUGAACUCGCUCACCAAAUCUCAAUUACGGAGCCAAAAGCUAUAGUCACGAUUCAAGAAUGUUACGAUACAGUCAAAACCACAUUGAAGAAUUGUAAGAAAGACAUAAAAAUUAUCUUAAUCGACAAUCCAGUUAAUCCAGUACCCAAUGGUGCCAUAAGAUAUUCAGAGAUUGCUGAAUCUGGUGAAGCUGAUUACGACCUAUUGGAUAAAAUAGAAAAAAAACCAGACGAGGUAGCCUGCAUACCGUUUUCGAGCGGCACCACUGGUUUACCUAAAGGUGUAGAGAUUACAUAUGGAAAUUUGUUGGCGAGUCUCGAGAUAAUGCACCAGAAGGAAGUAUGUUAUCCGGUGUUAACACAUGGUGACGUACAAGAUGUGGUUCCGUCUUUCCUCCCCUUCUUCCAUAUCUACGGUCUAGUCGUGAACUUGUUAGGACACUUCGCACAAGGAUGCAAGAUGAUCACCAUGUCUAAGUUCUCAGCUAGUUUGUACCUGGACACGUUGAAGAAUUCACGCGCGAGCUUGCUUUACAUCGUGCCGCCUGUUGCCAUUCUUCUUGGUAAACAUCCUGACGUGAAUAAAGAACAUUUUCGAAAUGUGAGACACAUCUGCUGCGGCGCUGCGCCCCUGUCCGCCUCUGACGUAGAAGCUAUACAGCAGAAAAGUAAGCAUGAUAUUGAAUUCAAUCAAGGCUUCGGCGCUACAGAAACAACAUCUUUAGGAACCACAACCUUCAAAGGGACGAAAAACAUUGAUUACUCCGCGUGUGGAGUUCCCAUGGCCAGCAUGACCUUGAAGUUUGCAGACCCAAUCACUGGAGGACCUGUACCAAUUGGACAACAAGGAGAGAUAUACAUAAAGGGUCCGACUAUAAUGAAAGGGUACCACAAGAAUCCUGCAGCGUCAGCAGACUGUUUGACCGAAGAUGGCUACUUCAAAACUGGUGAUCUUGGUUACUACAAACCUGGAGUCGGGAUGUUUAUCACUGAUAGAAUAAAGGAGCUUAUUAAGGUGAAAGGAAUGCAAGUGGCCCCAGCGGAGCUGGAGAGCCUGCUGCGCUCCCAUCCAGCUGUGCAGGAUGCGGCCGUCAUCGGCGUCCCACACGAGUUCUUCGGCGAAGCACCAAAAGCUUUCAUCAUCCGUAAAAACGGUCUGAAGACCACAGAGGAAGAAAUCCAAGACUACGUAGCUAGUAAAGUAGCAGUGUACAAGAGAAUAGAAGAAGUCAUGUUUGUAGAUGACAUUCCUAAGACUGCUUCUGGUAAAAUUUUAAGGAAGGAGUUGAAGAAAAUGUACGCUUAG